ACCUGGAGGAAAUCCCACCUGCUGUCUGACAUGGGGCGCCUGCAGCGUGCUCUUCAAAGAGUGACUGCCACCGGGCUCCAGCAGCACGUGUGAUGCUGCUAGAUGUGCAUGCACGGGAUUCUUAGUGGACAGCGAGGGGCUGAACAGACAACAGCACACACAUCAGCAGACUGCAGGGGCGGGGUGCUAGUCAUGCAGAUUCUUGCAGAUCUGCGCAGACCUCGCUAAGCGUGAUUGUUGCCCAUCAUAUAUCCAACUGACAAAUCUUUUCUGUAAUGGGUGCAAGCAACUGGAAAGCCUAGGCUCUUUGUUUGAAACAGACUCCUAGACUAGAGCCUGUCCAGCAGAGAAUCAACCAAACCAACCGGGACACCAUCCACCCCAGCUGCAGCCUGGGUCACCUCACCAAAUCAACAGACAGGAACAGUGCGGGGGUGGGACUGAGCCUGGCUGCUGUCCUGUGUUUUAGAUUUCUCCUUGAAACCCUGCCUGUACCCCACUCCCCCUUUUAUCAGAACUCUAUCAUUGCCUACAGGUCUAAACUCUCUGAUGGGAACGUGCAAUUGAUUGUCUCUCUGUUGGGCGCUCCCUGUCCCUGAACGCUGUGCAGCAGAGCCUGCCUUAUCGGAUCCGGUUGGAUAGGAUACCCUCUAUUAACCGAUGGGCCUCUGGCACGCAUGCGCUUUUUACACACUACCGCCUGGACGGUCCUGCUGGAAACGGAGCCUCGAGCAUUGUGUUACGGGUCUAGCACAGUUAAUCCGUGUCUAGCCGGGCGGGGCGGGUUGUCCGGUUGUUUUCGAAGCAGCCUCGAGGGAUAGAGACGGUGUUGCCCCCACGUGUAAAAAUAGUUUUAUUUUAGUGUGGAUGUGUGGCCAGGGACCAUGAAUCUCACGUAAAAGACGUGUCCGGCGUGACAAGGGGCACCAGAGCGUUAAAAUUACUAAAGACUACAUCACCCAACAUGCUUUGCGACGCGCUUGCGGUCUUUUUUUAUUGCGUUAUAAGCAAUCUCGCAGUUGAUGGGUGCUGGUCGAAGAGGCGGUGCGGUGCUGGUAAUGCCGAGCGCUCUGGUUUGGGUUCACUUCUACACUUCACAGACUGCAGGAUAGAUGGCAUGGUUCGGUUUCUAGUGUGGAGGCCAGUUUACAGAUGACCAAGGGGAUUUAAUUAAACUGGCCACGGAGACUCGCCACCCGACAGCGGACUAACCAGCGGUGCAGCGCCAGAUUCGGUGAACAAAAAAAAAGCAGGGAGAACUGCGUGGAGCUGAAGGCGUUAACACUCCACUGUAGCCAUGGCAACCACCCCUGCUGUAAAACUGCGAGUGUUCUCACUCAACUGCUGGGGGAUCCGCUACCUCAGCCAGCACUGCUCCCAGCGCUAUGAGAUGAUUGGUCAGUUAUUGAAGGAGGAGGGGCACGACCUUGCGCUUCUGCAGGAGGUGUGGAGUGAAAAGGAUUAUUUGUUCCUGAAGAAGACGCUCGCACACAGCCACCCUUACACUCACUACUUCAAAAGUGGGGUGAUCGGAAGUGGCCUGGCUGUGUUUUCCAAAAAUAAAAUCCUCGACACGUUCCUCUACCGCUAUUCUAUCAAUGGAUACCCGUACAUGGCUCACCAUGGCGACUGGUUUGGAGGAAAGGCUGUGGGAAUGGUCAUCGUGGAUAUCUGUGGCCUCGCGGUCCAUGCGUACGUCACCCAUCUGCAUGCGGAGUACUGCAGGGAGAAGGAUUCCUAUCUCCCACACAGAGUGGUGCAGGCCUGGGAGCUGCAGCACUUUGUUCGGCACACCUCCGGCUGUGCAGACCUGGUGAUCCUGGGAGGAGAUCUGAACAUGCAUCCUCGAGACCUCGGGAACCGGCUCCUGCUCUCAUACACGGGGCUUCGGGAUUCCUACGCUGAGGCAGAGAAGUUUGAGGGUUGUGAGGACGGCAUCACUCUCAUCGCAGAGAACCCUUUCAUCAAUAAGAAAGAGCUGGAGCCCUUCGAGAAUGGAAUACGAAUCGACUACAUUCUCUUCAAGCAGGGCUUGUCGAGGGUCUCUGUGAAGUGUGAGUCUCUCUCCACCACCACGGGCUCUGUGCCGGGGAAACCCUUCCCAUACUCGGACCACGAGGCCCUGAGCGCCGUGCUGCUGCUGCAGAGUGAGGAGGGGGGCGGGCCCCGGCCCCAGCGCUGCUCUGCAGAGCCAGAUCCUGGGCUGGUGGAUAUUGUGAAUGAGGCUCGCACGGAGGUGAAGGUGGGUCUGCACCACGCUGAGAGGAUGCGCGGCACCGUGGCCCGCAUGGGGAUGAUGGGGCUGGCCCUGCUGCUGGUGGAGCUGGCUAUCGCGCUGGUGCCCUGGCUGGCACACAGCACGGAGCACGCCUUCCCCCGCGCCUCCUUCUACCUGCUGGGGGCGCUGUCCUUCGCCACCCUGCUGCUCACAGCCCUGCUGUACAUCUUCUACUCCACGCAGGUGAAGACUCUGCAGGGGGCCGAGGACCAGAUGAGGCUGGCUGUCACAGGGCUGCAGGAGAGGCUGCAGAAACGCUCGCAGACACAGCCAGUGGAGCAGGGCAGAGCGCAGGGAGAACCGGCAAGCACCUCGGCAAACUCGCCUUGAUUUUCAGCAUUGCAAAGAUGCAACUUAAAGCUUUAGUGCCCCCCAACUGUUUAAAAAAAAAAAAAAAAAAAUUGAAAUCAAUUCUGCUUGCCUUAUGAAGUGCGCUGAAGACUGAGUUCUGGAAGAAGGUGGCAGGAGGAUCCUAGGAUAUUGAACAUGACUGUGGGACACUGCAGCUUUGAAUUCCUGUUUUUUGUGAUUCCCUUCCUGGGAGGGGGAGGGCCCAGUCGUUUUAUCCCUAACCCUGCUCCAUGGGGUUUCCUGUGCUAAGGUACAUUUUGGGCAGAAGGUUAACCUGUGAUUGGAUUAGUAAUCCACUUGCCUAGACUUGACAAAACCUUGCAUAAGAAGGUUUUGCCCACAUACUGUGAAUGCAGGUCGCGCUGAUGUUUUGUUAUUCCCUUUAGAACUAAACGCAGUUGAACACACUCCCUUUCACUGAGGUCUUUCAGUCACUGCUUAUUUUAAAUUCUCUUCUUGGGGACCAUUUUCAAUUCCACUGCGUUGUUCUGGAUUAGUCUUCUUUGGAAAAGGACAUGUUUCAGAUAUUUGCAGUGGCUGUUGUCAUGUUUUUAUCUACAUGAGAUAAAUGUAGUCCACAUUCCUUGCAUAGCUAAAGCAGGCAAACGAUCCUGUGCGCAAGAACGACACUAAAACUGUGCUCUCUUCUGCAGCACAACUGUCUUCCACUGAACGUUCAUAUAAUGUCUUCUGAAAUGGUGAGCUUUACUUGCACAGAAAACACAACCACUGCAUACUCUACACAGGAGUGUGUAACCUGACCUGCACCGCCCACGCCAAUCCCUGCAUUUCAGAGCUUUUGAGAGCAGGUUUCUGCCUGCAUUACAAAUACAAAGGACGUGAAUGGAAUAGAUUGGACUGCGUUGGUUGACAGUUUGCUGUAAAUCUUUUCCAGGUUACCGUGAGGUUUCUUGUGCUUUUUUUUUUUUACAAAACUCUGAUGUUUAAAACAUUCUUUUAAAAGUUCACCCGUCGCUUUUGCAUAUUUAAAUGUGAAACGACUGGAUUGUGCUGUUUUUUUUUUUUUUUUGCCUUUCAUUUGAAUGCUGUGAUAGAAACACUUGUGACUGAUUCACAACUAAAUGAAUAAUAAUAAAGCACAUUUUAAAAUGA